AUGUCAGGCGAGGAACUCGCUGACAGUGUGUGCGUUCUAUUCCGCAGAGGGAACCCCAACCUUGCGGAGCUGGACAAGUUUCGACCCAUGAUCGUGAAGCAGAGUCGGAUCCAAAAGAUGCCCAGGUGGUUGAUCAACGAAAGCAAGAGUCCGGCGUACUCUGCCGUCUCCUUUUUUGAUGGCGAAAGACUUCACAGCUCGUUCGACGCAAUUCUGGUGUGCUUAAACUUGGUGAUCAUGUAA